AUGGAACUCGUCAAGCCUAUCACAUCUGAUCAUGAUCUCAUCGAACUUGCCAAGCGUAUUGGGGUUCAUCUCGAUGGUAUAUUUGAGUCAAACGAGAUCGCAAAGCCACUUCCGAAGAAAGGUUCAUACCUGGUUCUACUUAGACCGCCUAAUCUCGAUGUAGGACACUGGACGGCUUAUGGGGUCGGGCGAUAUAAUCCCAAACAAUAUCAAGGUACGUAUAACGAUUACUGUGGAGGCUUCUGUAUGUUUUGGCUCUAUUCCAAGCAGCACAAAAGACCUAAUGUAUUCAAGAACAUGAAAGAUCUGAAUUUUUUAAUUCUCGACGUUCCAGCUCCCAAGCUGACUAAAGCCCUCAAGACAGGUAAGCUAAGUCUUACAUCUGAUCAACUCAAGGGUUCAGGCUUUGUUAUCCAUCUCCACCCAGCUUCGUAUGAGAAAGCGCUAAAGGCACACAAGGCAGGUCGUGGUGUUAGACUUGACAUUACCAGACACGAGAUCAAGAAAGGUUACAAGAAACUCCAAGGGGGAUCCAUUUGGAGUAAAAUCAAAUCUGGGUUAUCAACAGCAUUCAAAUUUGUAAAAGACAGCGGAUUGCUUUCAAAGGGAUUAGACGCGGCGGUUCCGGCUCUUGCGACAGCGUUUGGAGCCCCUCGAGCAGGAAUCCCCGCAAGAGCAGCUAUUAAGUCAUUGACAGGGGUUGGAGUAUAUGACUCUGACAGCGAUGUAGAGAAAGAAGGUGGCCGUAUUUCGGUAGCGGAUGUUAAGAAGGCGGCAAAGAAUGCACUAUCCUAUGCUAAGCGAAAGGGGCUUCUAACCGAUGCGGUCGAUGCAGGUGAAAAGUUUUUACUAUCAAAGGCAAGCAAACCGGAACAUGAAACUCUAAUCAAGUCAGUGCGAGGUGAGGUAAAGAGACGUUAUGGUGUAGGAGUUUCUAAGAAAUUAGCUAAAGGCAGUCCUGAAAUGAAGGCUAAAAUGGCCGCUUUGCGUGCUAAACGGCGAGGGGGGAGUUUUCGGUUAUGA